UAUGGGAAAUCGAAACUGAGAACAACCGAUUACCGCCUCAACUUGUUCGUGUCGACGAUUCAAAUAACAAAGCUUAUGCAAUCACAUUUAAUAAUGUUUUUCUUAGUGGAUCGUAGGAAGGCUGCAACAAUGAGGGAGCGAAGGCGUUUGCGCAAAGUGAACGAGGCGUUCGAAAUCGUCAAGCAGCGGACGUGCCCAAAUCCAAACCAGCGUCUGCCUAAGGUUGAGAUUCUUCGCUCUGCUAUCGACUAUAUCACCAAGUUGGAGACGAUGUUGCAUGCCGAAGGCAAGAUGACGAAGAUUAUGGCGCAAAACCAAAUGGCGAUGCAUGGACACACUGGCACUGAGUAUCUGGUAAAAAGAAUUUCUUCCUAG